UUCCCCGUGCCACUAUGCUUCCCCGUGCCACUAUGCUUCCCCGUGCCACUAUGCUUCCCCGUGCCACUAUGCUGCCCCGUGCCACUAUGCUGCCCCGUGCCACUAUGCUGCCCCGUGCCACUAUGCUUCCCCGUGCCACUAUGCUGCCCCGUGCCACUAUGCUUUCCCGUGCCACUAUGCUUCCCCGUGCCACUAUGCUUCCCCGUGCCGCUAUGCUUCCCCGUGCCACUAUGCUGCCCCGUGCCACUAUGCUGCCCCGUGCUACUAUGCAGCCCCGUGCCACUAUGCCUCCCCGUGCCACUAUGCUUCCCCGUGCCACUAUGCUGCCCCGUGCCACUAUGCUGCCCCGUGCCACUAUGCUGCCCCGUGCCACUAUGCUGCCCCAUGCCACUAUGCUGCCCCGUGCCACUAUGCUGCCCCGUGCCACUAUGCUGCCCCGUGCUACUAUGCUUCCCAGUGCCACUAUGCUGCCCGGUGCCACUAUGCUGCCCCGUGCCACUAUGCUGCCCCGUGCCACUAUGCUGCCCCGUGCCACAAUGCUGCCCUGUGCCACUAUGCUGCCCCGUGCCACUAUGCUGACCCUGCUACUCUGCUUCCCCGUGCCACUAUGCUGCCCCGUGCCACUAUGCUGCCCCGUGCCACUAUGCUGCCCCGUGCUACUAUGCUUCCCCGUGCCACUAAGCUUCCCCGUGCCGCUAUGCUUCCCCGUGCCACUAUGCUGCCCCGUGCCACUAUGCUGCCCCGUGCCACUAUGCUGCCCCGUGCCACUAUGCUGCCCCGUGCCACUAUGCUUCCCCGUUCCACUAUGCUUCCCCGUGCCACUAUGCUUCCCCGUGCCACUAUGCUUCCCCGUGCCACUAUGCUUCCCCGUGCCACUAUGCUUCCCCGUGCCACUAUGCUUCCCCGUGCCACUAUGCUUCCCCGUGCCACUAUGCUGCCCCGUGCCACUAUGCUGCCCCGUGCCACUAUGCUGCCCCGUGCCACUAUGCUUCCCCGUGCCACUAUGCUGCCCCGUGCCACUAUGCUUUCCCGUGCCACUAUGCUUCCCCGUGCCACUAUGCUUCCCCGUGCCGCUAUGCUUCCCCGUGCCACUAUGCUGCCCCGUGCCACUAUGCUGCCCCGUGCUACUAUGCUGCCCCGUGCCACUAUGCCUCCCCGUGCCACUAUGCUUCCCCGUGCCACUAUGCUGCCCCGUGCCACUAUGCUGCCCCGUGCCACUAUGCCUCCCCGUGCCACUAUGCUUCCCUGUGCCACUAUGCUGCCCCGUGCCACUAUGCCGCCCCGUGCCACUAUGCUGCCCCGAGCCACUAUGCUGCCCCGUGCCACUAUGCUGCCCCAUGCCACUAUGCUGCCCCGUGCCACUAUGCUGCCCCGUGCCACUAUGCUGCCCCGUGCUACUAUGCUUCCCCGUGCCACUAUGCUUCCCCGUGCCGCUAUGCUUCCCCGUGCCACUAUGCUGCCCCGUGCCACUAUGCCUCCCCGUGCCACUAUGCUUCCCCGUGCCACUAUGCUGCCCCGUGCCACUAUGCUGCCCCGUGCCACUAUGCUGCCCCGUGCCACUAUGCUGCCACAUGCCACUAUGCUGCCCCAUGCCACUAUGCUGCCCCGUGCCACUAUGCUGCCCCGUGCCACUAUGCUGCCCCGUGCCACUAUGCUGCCCCAUGCCACUUUGCUGCCCCGUGCCACUAUGCUGCCCCGUGCCACUAUGCUGCCCCGUGCUACUAUGCUUCCCCGUGCCACUAUGCUUCCCCGUGCCGCUAUGCUUCCCCGUGCCACUAUGCUGCCCCGUGCCACUAUGCCUCCCCGUGCCACUAUGCUUCCCCGUGCCACUAUGCUGCCCCGUGCCACUAUGCUGCCCCGUGCCACUAUGCUGCCCCGUGCCACUAUGCUGCCCCGUGCCACUAUGCUGCCCUGUGCCACUAUGCUGCCCCAUGCCACUAUGCUGCCCCGUGCCACUAUGCUGCCCCAUGCCACUAUGCUGCCCCGUGCCACUAUGCUGCCCCGUGCCACAAUGCUGCCCGGUGCCACUAUGCUGCCCCGUGCCACUAUGCUGCCCCGUGCUACUAUGCUUCCCCGUGCCACUAUGCUGCCCCGUGCCACUAUGCUGCCCCGUGCCACUAUGCUGCCCCGUGCUACUAUGCUUCCCCGUGCCACUAUGCUGCCCCGUGCCACUAUGCUGCCCCGUGCCACUAUACUGCCCCGUGCCACUAUGCUGCCCCGUGCCACAAUGCUGCCCUGGUGCCACUAUUGCUGCCCCGUGCCACUAUGCUGACCCGUGCUACUAUGCUUCCCCGUGCCACUAUGCUGCCCCGUGCCACUAUGCUGCCCCGUGCCACUAUGCUGCCCCGUGCUACUAUGCUUCCCCGUGCCACUAUGCUUCCCCGUGCCGCUAUGCUUCCCCGUGCCACUAUGCUGCCCCGUGCCACUAUGCCGCCCCGUGCUACUAUGCUUCCCCGUGCCACUAUGCUGCCCCGUGCCACUAUGCUGCCCCGUGCCACUAUGCUGCCCCGAGCCACUAUGCUGCCCCGUGCCACUAUGCUGCCCCAUGCCACUAUGCUGCCCCGUGCCACUAUGCUGCCCCGUGCCACUAUGCUGCCCCGUGCUACUAUGCUUCCCCGUGCCACUAUGCUGCCCCGUGCCACUAUGCUGCCCCGUGCCACUAUGCUGCCCCGUGCCACUAUGCUGCCCCGUGCCACAAUGCUGCCCUGUGCCACUAUGCUGCCCCGUGCCACUAUGCUGACCCGUGCUACUCUGCUUCCCCGUGCCACUAUGCUGCCCCGUGCCACUAUGCUGCCCCGUGCUACUAUGCUUCCCCGUGCCACUAUGCUUCCCCGUGCCGCUAUGCUUCCCCGUGCCACUAUGCUGCCCCGUGCCACUAUGCUGCCCCGUGCCACUAUGCUGCCCCGUGCUACUAUGCUGCCCCGUGCCACUAUGCUUCCCCGUGCCACUAUGCUUCCCCGUGCCACUAUGCUUCCCCGUGCCACUAUGCUUCCCCGUGCCACUAUGCUUCCCCGUGCCACUAUGCUUCCCCGUGCCACUAUGCUUCCCCGUGCCACUAUGCUUCCCCGUGCCACUAUGCUGCCCCGUGCCACUAUGCUGCCCCGUGCCACUAUGCUGCCCCGUGCCACUAUGCUUCCCCGUGCCACUAUGCUGCCCCGUGCCACUAUGCUUUCCCGUGCCACUAUGCUUCCCCGUGCCACUAUGCUUCCCCGUGCCACUAUGCUUCCCCGUGCCACUAUGCUGCCCCGUGCCACUAUGCCGCCCCGUGCUACUAUGCUUCCCCGUGCCACUAUGCUGCCCCGUGCCACUAUGCUGCCCCGUGCCACUAUGCUGCCCCGAGCCACUAUGCUGCCCCGUGCCACUAUGCUGCCCCAUGCCACUAUGCUGCCCCGUGCCACUAUGCUGCCCCGUGCCACUAUGCUGCCCCGUGCUACUAUGCUUCCCCGUGCCACUAUGCUGCCCCGUGCCACUAUGCUGCCCCGUGCCACUAUGCUGCCCCGUGCCACUAUGCUGCCCCGUGCCACAAUGCUGCCCUGUGCCACUAUGCUGCCCCGUGCCACUAUGCUGACCCGUGCUACUAUGCUGCCCCGUGCCACUAUGCUGCCCCGUGCCACUAUGCUGCCCCGUGCUACUAUGCUUCCCCGUGCUACUAUGCUUCCCCGUGCCACUAUGCUUCCCCGUGCCACUAUGCUGCCCCGUGCCACUAUGCUGCCCGUGCCACUAUGCUGCCCCGUGCCACUAUGCUGCCCCGUGCCACUAUGCUUCCCCGUGCCACUAUGCUUCCCCGUGCCACUAUGCUUCCCCGUGCCACUAUGCUGCCCCGUGCCACUAUGCUGCCCCGUGCCACUAUGCUGCCCCGUGCCACUAUGCUUCCCCGUGCCACUAUGCUGCCCCGUGCCACUAUGCUGCCCCGUGCCACUAUGCUGCCCCGUGCCACUAUGCUUGCAUGCACGGUAUGCAACGCAGUCUGAGAAUCGUUUCAACGAGUCACCCCAACCUCUCCUCCCCCCCCCCGCAUUUUCUGUCUAACCUCACUUCCCGCCAUCCAGCCUCCAUGUCCAAGAGCAGCUUAUACUCCCGUGUUCCUGCCGUCUCACCAUCCAGCCACCAUCCCCCGUGUUCUGAGUCGACUCAAAAUACAACCAUCCAGCCACC